CAAAUGAAUAAUACACAAGGUGCUUCAUUCGUUAAAAUGUCCUCUAGAAAUCUCCUCUAUUCUUCUGUGGUCCUUUUUCUUGUUUUGUUCUACUGUCAUGGCGGCCCUUUAGAAGACCAAAUCAGAAGUACGAUACAAGAGGUUUAUAAAAACUGUCGAAGGGAUAAAAAUCCAGGGGUCAUUGUUUCUGUGGUGAAAGAUGGUCAAAAUGUCCUGACGGAGGCCCUCGGGGUCAAGGACAAAAUAUCUGGAGAGGCCAUUACCACCGAUACUCUCUUUGGGUUAGGAGGAAUUUCAGCUUUAUUCGCCAAUAUUCUUAUCGCUAAGAAAAAUGCAGAAUAUGCCGAUUCAAACAACCCAGAUUCUACUCUCGAAAUGGACGAGGACACUACUCUACGAAACCUUUUUGGAAACAAUAAGCUUUUUGAGAAAUCCAAGCUACGAUCCCGGUAUGCUACAUCUCUGGAUGUCAUGUCGCAUCGGUUGGGAUUCAAAAAUACUCCUUACUUGUUCUUAGACGAUACGGUUACCCGAGGCGACCCCGUCAUACAACGAAUAAGUAGCAUGAAGCCAAGAGGGCGUUUUAGGGACAGCUUUUACUACAAUGAGUUGAUGUACAGCAUCCUCACUACGAUUGGCGAACGACUUGGUAGAGAUAGUUGGGAGAAUCUUGUUAAAAACGAGAUCUAUACCCCCCUCGGAAUGGCUAAAUCCAAAUUCUUCACCACUGUGGAGCCCUCAACAGUCGACAUUGCCAGAGCCUACAAAGAGGACGACGGCUCUCUGUUCCCAGUUCCGUUCGAGUUCUUGAAAAAAUGGUCUAGCUUGUGCAGCACAACAUGUGUCCUUAGUAGUGCAAACGACAUGUCUAAAUUCAUGAAUUAUCUCCUUGGCAACGGAAGCAUUCCUGGAACAAACGACGUGUUACUGGCCAAGAAAAUUCACCGUGAUUUGUUCGAUGCUUAUAACCGUCUGCAAGAUCCAAGCAUUGAAGACUAUUUCCUGACCAUAAGGGGUGUCCCCGUAUCUAGGACUCACUUUGCGUAUGCCAUGGGAAUCAAACGAGGAAUGUACAACAAUGAAAGAAUUCUGGAGACUGCUGACGACAUGCAUGGUUACAACACCCUGAUGACCCUUUUCCCUGACCGAAAUCUUGGAAUAUUCAUCGCAAUGACUGGAGAAGACAAAAAGGAUCUUUUCAGAACUGCUCUCAGUAGCUACAUUUCAGACUUGUAUCUCGAUAAAGAACCAUGGUUAAACUCUUCUCUACUUUGCACGUUCCCUGAACCCUUCAUGAAGGGACCUGACCCCGACACCCCCAAAGUCCACCCGGUCGUGCCACUUGGUCGACUUCCGACAGAUUUCACUGGAACGUAUACUAACGACAUCUACGGGAAAAUGGAAAUCAUUGACAAAAGUGGAGUCUUGGAGGCAAAGUACGGCUACGCUACUUUCGACCUUCAGAGAGAAGAGACAACGUCUCUCAAGUUUAACAUGUUCCCGACUGGACUUAUAAGACAUAUGUUCUCUGUGGAUGAUCUGAGAUUUAGGGAAAGAAAGAACUCCACAUAUAUCGAAGCGUUUACUGUUGACAAAUUCGAUGAUGCUAAGUUCGAGAGAGUUCAGCCGGUUACCACCACCACCACCACCACCACGGAGAAGCCAGCCGGCGGGAUAGCCAUUCCGCUAUAAAGCACCAUAUAGACACUCAGUGGACACAUGACUGAAUUCAAUCACGUUGUUACUUGUUUUAAAUCCAAAUAAACAAUAUUAUUAUGAA